AUGACGGCCGCAACUCAGCCAACUGGCUUCCAAGAUGUGAUUGUUGUUGGCGCCGGCCCAGCAGGGCUGUUGCUUUCCCUUCUACUCUCGCAAAGCGGAAUUCCGGUUACCCUGUUGGACAUGAGCAGCGACUUGGAUAAAAACCCCCGAGCAACUCACUAUGCUGCCCCAGCCAUGUUCGAGCUCAACAGGGCCGGUGUUGGUGCUGACAUGCGUGCGCGAGGGUUUGUUCCCUCUGGAGUCAGUUGGCGCAAGUUGGAUGGCACGGCAAUAGUCACACUAGAUGCCGGAACCCUUGCUGAAGACCCGGAUCGCAUGACCUGUCUUCCACUUGAUCAACUUGGGCAGUUGUUGAGAGAACAUCUUCUGAAGCAGCAGAACGUGAAGAUACUCUUCGACCACAAGGUUGUCGGCAUCGACCAAGAUGACAACAAAGCCUGGGUCCAUGUCGAAACUCCCGGCGGCGCCAAGAAGCUAGGAGCCGACUACAUUGUCGGUUGUGAUGGAGCAAAUAGUCAAAUCCGGCGUUCACUCUUUGGCGACUGGGAGUUCCCUGGAAAAACUUGGGACAAGCAAAUUGUGGCCACCAACACGUAUUAUGACUUUAAGAAGUUCGGAUGGAACGACUCCAACUUCAUUGUUCAUCCGGAUCAUUGGUUCAUGGCUGCCAAAAUCUCAAAUGACGGGCUUUGGCGCGUCACCUACGGAGAGUCAACUGGCUUGACAAAUGAACAAUUGCGAGAGAGACAGCCCCAGAAGUUUAGGGAAAUGCUUCCAGGCCAUCCCGACCCAAGCGAGUAUCGGCUGGUAAAUUUCAGCCCUUACAAGAUUCACCAGCGCCUGGUCAAGUCAAUGCGCGUGGGUCGUUUUCUCUUGGCCGCGGAUGCUGCGCACCUCUGUAACCCUUUUGGUGGUCUCGGUCUGACUGGUGGCAUCGUCGAUGUCGGUGGUCUCUACGACUGUCUGCGUGGCAUCUACCAGAACAAAGCAGACCCGUCAAUCCUCGAUACGUACAAUGCUGUUAGAAGACAAAAGUAUCAAGAAAUCAUCGACGUUGUCUCUAGUUCAAAUAUUAUGAGAUUAUUUGAUCUUGAUCCAGAGCGAGCUCUAGAACUUGAUGGCUUCUUUCAGAUGGUCAAGAGAGCUGAGACCGACCCAGAAUAUUCAGCCGAGCUCCAGAAUUCCGUUAAAUCCAUUCAGCAUGAUUUCACGCAGUAUUAUAAGGAGCCGGUAGAUGUGGCAAAAGCAGAUGUCCCUAUUCCUAGCCAACCUGUCACUGUCAAUUAG